AUGGCUCUCGCAUUUGCCGUUUACUCCCUGUCAGGCCGCGCUGCUCAAAAUCUCGCAUCCAAUCCCGCAGAGUGCCUUCCAUCGUGCGCAAAUCAAUACAGAAGUUUACCUGGAAUAGUCCUGAGCUGUCUUACGACCAUCUUCCUAUGCAUCUGGGUGGCCCUCCAUCUCAAUGUCCCCGAACCCGUGAACACUCGAGGCUUUAGUCGCUUGAAACGACUCAAAAUCCGGAUGAAGUCGUUCUUUCGAUGUACUGUGAUUCCCAUCUUCGUGACUCUGGUGUUCCCAGAAUGGGUUCUGGGUAUGGCAGUCCGUCAGUUCCGUCAGGCCACUGAACUGGCCAAGAAGAUUCGCGAGCUGCAGAAAGAAGAAACUGAGGUCACUCGCCAGCACGGAUUCUUCAUCCUCAUGGGUGGCUUCCAUCUCUUUGAACGGCACCAAUCCUUGUCGUCGAAUAAGAAUGGAGAGAAAGACGGGGAAGGCGCUCACCUAUUGGCCAAGGAAUCCGCGGUAGAAGCGGGAGAUGGUCGACAUGACCCUGCACCGAGCGACAAGAGGAUCAAGCUAGUUGAAGAUAUUGGAAGCCCUUUGCAUCCUCUCGAUGAAUUCGAUGUCAUUCGUCUUAUUGAAGCCGGCAAACUUUGCCUUCCUCCUUCUGUCGAGCUGGAGGACAAAUGCAAGAGCGACGGACUCGCAAAGUUUCUUGUCGUAGUCCAAACACUCUGGUUCAUUGCACAAUGUAUUGCAAGAAAAGUCAGCAAACUUCCGCUCACCGAGCUCGAAGUCGUUACGCUUGGCCAUACUCUGCUAACGGUGGCGAUCUACAUCGCAUGGUGGGACAAGCCAUAUCGUGUGACAUUCCCUAUGCGUGUGUAUGAAACACUCCCAGAACGUACAAAAGAGCAAGAGGAGGCGAAGGAGGAGAUGGAAGAUGCCAACCUUUGGGUGAUGGCUUUUAUGUAUGCCGUGGGCACUCAGGGUGAAUACAUCGACCUACGGAGUGUGAAGCGAGUUGGAAUGUUCUACUCUGGGUACAGCAAAAGAGAGGAUUUCAGCGAUUCCGGCGGCCUUCUGACCACGAUCAUUGUUGGGACAGUGUUUGGUGCUGUCCAUUUUCUUGCGUGGUCGUCGCCAUUUCCAUCCCCCCAUAUGCAAUUCCUCUGGCAAUUUGCGACCAUUGUCAUGACUACAGUCCCACCUGCUGCAGUCGUACUGUUCCUCUUCGCCGGACUAAUGGGCGAGUGUGUGUCCAGAACCCUGGGUCGCUGGAUGAUGCUCUCCCAAUUACUAUUACCGCCCCUCUACUUUGCUGGAAGAGGUAUAACAAUUGUGCUCGCAUUCGUGACGCUGGCGGCGCUCCCACUUGACGCAUAUCGAGACGUGGCGUGGUCAAACUUCUUCCCCCACAUUUGA